AAGUUAUAACUCUUGAACGAUUACAUAUUUUUAGACGAAAUUUGAAAUUUAUCGAUGAAAUUCGGUAUAGCUUCCUAUGAAAUUCUAAAAAUUAAGAUGCUACUAACAGCAAAAAAUCCUAGGAGAGGGGAAUCAGGAAAGUGCAAAUUUUUUUCGCAAACUCCGAGUGCAAAUUUUUUUUGAUAAAAUUUCAUCAUUUGGACCCAGCAUCACUCUCCAUGAGUUUCAUCUGGGUCCCACACUCGGAAGUCGAGAUUCAGCAUACUGAAAUAUCCUGGAUACGUCACUGGUCGGAUGUACAUAGUUCAAAAAAGAGAACGAUUUUCUCUAUCGACUACAAGUUGAAAACCCUCUAGAAGCCUGUUGAAAACAAACUGUUCUAUGUGCUCCGAGCUGACAAAAAUAAUUUCUUAAUAUCUCUUUACAUUCACAAGUUAUUCACCUUGACCUGCCCUUUCUAUUAUCAUAUGUAUUGAUUUAUUUAUUUUUCCUAGACCUUGUUUUUUAAUAAUUGGUGAUCGAAAUUUAUUUACUCAAUAUCGAUUAUCAUUUCUUCACUUUUCUAAACAAUUAUUCGAAGAAUAUAAAUGUCAUAUAGCAUAUCUUGAUGCAUCAUCUACACAACAAGUAAAAUUUCACGAUAUUAUCUCAUCCUAUUAUCAUAUGAAUGAGAAAAAAUUACUUAUUCUUGUUGCUCGUCGAUCAUUUUCAAAUAUAAUUGAAAUACAAAAUACAAAUAUUGAAUUUGAUACAAAAACUUUAAAUGAAAUUCAACGUAAUAUAAUUCAUAUAGAAGAAAAUUUAAAAUUAUUUAUUAAUAAUGGUUGGUCACAUGCUAAAAAAUAUAAAUUACCAGAAUUAAUUAAUUUUGAUGAAAAAAAACACGAUAUUUUCACAAGAAUAAUCGAUCAAUUUGAAUAUAAAUGGAAUAUUUGGAUUGAACGAAAUCGUUUACUUCGAUAUCUGUCAGGAUAUCUUUAUACAUAUCAAUUUUGGAUAUUUACAAUAUUAAUAUUUGUUUAUAUGUAUUAUUCAAAAGUAGAAUCAGAUAAUAGAAAUUCUAAUCCACAACAAAAAUUAAAUAAAACAAAUCAAGCAAAAAUCUAUGAAUUUAAUGAAUCUCUAAUUCAACGAUAUAUAAAUCCAAGUGCAUCAAAUGUUAUUAUAUUACUUCUUAUUGCUGAAACACCAAAUGAUUCAUGUGUUAAACAUUUUAUUCGAAAAAUUAAUGCAAUUAAAGAGUCUCAUAUGAUUUUUUCUAUUCUUUAUCGUCAACAAUCAAUUGAAUGGCUUAAUGAACUUUCAAAUAAUAUUCAAGAUAAUCAAUAUAAACAAUCAAUACAAUUUAUUCCAUCAACUGUUCUUGCUUUGUAUAUAAGACGAAAAUUUUUUGUUUCUUAUUCGUCAAUAUGCAAUAAUAAUAAUGAACAAUUAAAUCAAACAUUAACAUUUUCAGAUUGGAUUGAUCUUUUAUUUAAUGGAAACUUUCGAGAACCCAUUACAAUAACAGAAUGGCCAAUGAAAUUUAAUUAA